AUGGCUCAGAGGAGCUAUGCGUCCGCCGUCAGAAGACCAGCAGAUGAUGGGAAGACUCCGGAUCAGGUCGAGCAAGGAAGUGAAGAUUUGGCCGGCGGUAUGGAGGACGUGAACAUGAACGGCAACUACCCCGACCCAUCUCUCACCUCCGCCUUGCCAAUCAAGAGGCAAUUCCGUGACCCAUACGCAGACUGGUGGGAUCCACAAGAACGACGCAAUUACGGCGAGACUGUGCACGAGGACAAUGAUAUCCUCGGUAUCUUCUCACCAGAAGAGUACACGCAUUUCACACCUGGAUGGGGUGCUGUCCUGAUCGGCUGCUUCGUAGCGACUUUCAGUGGCCUCUGUUUUACUGUGGCACAGUUCUAUCCGGACAGACCAGCCAUUCCGCGCACAUUCCCAGACGGUCUCGAGAAGGAAAUGGGCGGUCCACUCGCGCCUCGUGCGGCAGUCGCACCCUUCGACGAUGCUUCGUACAUCCAGGGCGGCAGCCGUAGUACCAGCUAG